AUGGCACAUUCUGAUGAAGUUCGUCUGUCAGACCCCAAGAACGAUGUGGACCUCCACAUUGACUCAGCCGAUUCGGAUUCUUCCAAGUCAAUACCCUCAACCAAGGUAAACCCUUUCAUCUCUACACUUCCCGUCGCUGCUCCAGAAGAACCUCGAAGUUGGUGGCAGCGACGGCCUAAACAAGAUGGAGAGGCUAUUGCAACCCGUCGGUCCGUCUUUGACGAUCCGGACAUGGCAAGGCGCUACCAGCCACGAUCUGACUGGGAGAAUCUGCAUCGAUUUGAUCCUUCCGAAAGGUGGACUUUCAAUGAGGAGCGCAAGGUCGUUCGAAAGAUCGAUAAACGGAUCAUGAUAUUCGCUUGCGUCAUGUUCAUGGCUCUUGAGCUGGAUCGAUCGAAUUUGUCUCAAGCUGUCUCGGAUAACUUUCUGCCAGACCUGAAGAUGGAUACCAAUGAUUACAACCUUGGAAACACCGUCUUCAAGUUGUCUUUCUUGUGUGCCGAACUUCCCUCACAGCUUGUCAGCAAGUACCUCGGACCUGACCGUUGGAUUCCGAUGCAGUUGUGCCUCUGGAGUCUUGUCUCUGCGGGCCAGUUCUGGUUGGACGGAAGGGCUUCGUUUCUGGCAUGCCGUGCUUUGCUGGCCAUCUUCCAGGGCGGGUUUAUUCCAGAUACGAUCCUAUACCUGAGUUAUUUCUACACUGCGAGUGAACUCACUGUUCGUCUGGCCUUCUUCUGGACAGCGUACAACGUCGCCGAUAUCAUCAGUGGCUUUCUCGGAGCAGGCUUCCUUCAACUACGAGGAUGGCACGGGUACGAGGGCUGGAGAUGGCUGUUCCUGUUUGAGGGCCUGCUGACGCUCGCGGUUGGCAUUUCCGCAUGGUUUCUCAUGCCUGCUGGACCCACUCAAACCUCAGGCAUUCUCCGUGGUAAGGACGGUUGGUUCACUGAGCGAGAGGAGCGCAUUAUGGUGAACCGAGUCAUCCGUGACGAUCCUAGCAAGGGCGACAUGCAUAAUCGCCAGCCAAUCACUCCGAAGUUGCUAUGGGCGUCCCUCAAGGACUACGACCUCUGGCCGAUCUAUGCCAUCGGUUUGACAUUCUUGAUACCAGCCACGCCGCCCGCCCAAUACUUCACCUUGACCCUUCGUGGCCUUGGCUUCAACGUUCUUGUCACCAAUCUUUUGACCAUUCCGCAUACGAUCCUUUCCAUUGGCGGCUUGCUACUGAUCUCGUACCUUGCUGAGAAAUGGAAUGAGAGAUCUCUGCUCGGCCUAGCUGUUCAGAUCUGGAAACUUCCGUUCAUGAUCUAUCUGUACGUCGUGGACAUGAGUACAGUCAAUAGAUGGGUCUCGUUCGCCGUGUUGACACUGUUGCUUGGUUCUCCAACUGCCCAUCCAAUUCAAGUCAGUUGGAAUUCACGUAACUCUAAUACCGUUCGUCUGAGGACAGUCUCGGCAGCUGUUUACAACAUGUCCGUUCAGUCUGCCGGUAUUAUCGCAUCUAAUGUCUACCGCAAAGACGAUGCACCGAGAUACCGGGAAGGAAACAAGAAUCUGUUGGCGAUCAUUGCGCUCAACAUCACGUUGUACCUGUUGACCAGAGCCUACUACAUCUGGAGAAACAAGAGCCGGGAUAAGAUUUGGGAUGCCAUGGACGAUGAACAGAAGAAGCAUUAUCUUGACAACACAAAGGAUAAAGGCAACAAGCGACUGGACUUUCGUCUCUCAGAUCUAAACCAGAAAAACUUCAUCUAUGUUUCCCCUUCUACCCCCAGACCAGGCCCAUCAAAGGCUGCAUCGCCUCCCCCAGAUCAGGACAUCGAUGAGUCAGAAUGGAUAACAACUUCUCCAGUUGAGGAACCUGAGUCUUCUCAACUUGUUGUCAGCCAACGGCAAAUGUCAAUGCCCCCUCUAACACCGUCCGUCGAGUUCUUCGGUCAUCUGUCACCCUUGCAUCGAUCAGGCCUACAGUACUUCACCGAGAGGACCGUCAAAGUUCUUGCACCACAUCCUCAGAUCUUUGAUGAGUUAUGCGAACUCAUCUUGCCAAUGGCAGUCUUCAAUGAGCCUUUACUGCAGGGCAUCGUUGCGCUGGCGGCUACUCACCGACUUGCGACAUGUAAAACAAGCGAAGAACAGUCCUCACAGGCGCUCAUCGUCGCUGGCUUUCAAGCUCUCAGUUCCAGAUCCCUUUGCCAGAAGCUUUCUGAGUGUGAUGAAGAUCAACAACUCAUUCCAUUGCUGGCCGCAUCAAGAGCACUCUUCGUUUGCGAAGUCUUCGCCAGUGAGCCCAGUCCGGAUCGAUGGAGCGUUCACUUCCGCGGGGCGCGUGGGCUUAUUUCUCGAAUCCACGAUAAGGGUCUUUCCCACAACCCGGCGGAUGAAUUGCGAUUUUUACUAAGAUGGUUCGACAUGACCGAAUCGCUGGUCUGUCUUUCGAUGGGUGAUCUCGCCCCACAACAGUCGGCUAUCCCCUCACCAACAACACUCGCAUCAGACACAGAUGACGAGCCUGUAUACAUUGAUAUGUAUCUUUCGCGCACAAAGGACCUGCUUGGGGUGUUCAAAGAGAUUGCAAGACUAAGCCGAAUCAAAAAUGGUGAAACAACGUCAGGGACUUCAUCACAAGGCGGGCAAGUUGAAGCUGAGGUCUGGUGGUUACUCAACUAUCUACAGUCCAUCAUCGACCGAGAUCAAGCGAAUCCUCCGCCAGUCAUGUCAAUACGUGGUCGCGUUCUAUCUGUUGCCGAAGUCCACGAAUACCGCUUAUCGAAUCAGAUAUGGCAGCUCACAGGUCUGCUACUCAUCCACCGACGCUUACGCCAUGAGAGAAGAUCAUCUCCUCUCGUCCAGAACCUUGUCAAUCAGAUUCUCGAAUGCGCAGAGCGUUUGACGCUACGAGAUGGACUCACACCAGUCACUCUACUUACUCCGCCCUUGUUCUUUGCGGGUUGCGAUGCGCUUGGUGAUGAUAGGCCCAGGAUAAAGACUUCGUUGCAAGGCGUCUCAACUGCGCUUGGGCUGCUGAAUACGCAGCGAGCCUUGGAAAUACUCGAACAAUACUGGAAAGCUGAUCCAGGUGUCGAUGAUGAUCUGGCCGAUCGGUCGUGGCCUAAAAUCAGUCAAUUUCUACCGUACUAA